AUGGUCGAGCGGCUGAAGGCCCACGCCGGGCUAGUGGAGGGCUGCGCCGCGGGCCUCUGCGUCCUGGAGGCCGACCGCGACUUCGAGCCUAUCCGCCAGCUCCUGGAUUUGCAGGAGACGUGGCUCGAGGAGUGCCAGAGGUACGUGGUGCAGGUGCUUCGCGGAACGGCCUACGCGGCCUACUUCGAGGGGCUCGCGGGCGAGGUCGCGGAGCGCGAGCGCUGGCGGAGAGCGGCCGAGGAGCGCCUGUCCGCGUGGCGUCUGGGCGCCCAGCGGCGCGAGGCCAGCGGGGCCAGCCUGCAGAGGCUGGAAGGCGCGGCCUACAGCAGGGAGCUCGGGCGCCCGCAGAAACACGAGCGGAUCGCGCGGACGUGCAUUGGCGGCCUGGACCGCGGCAGCUGGUCAGACGACGAGGAGCCGCAUGGCUUGGCUCUCCUGGCGGCGCUGGACAGGGGCAGGUCGAGAUCCCCCAGGCGCGGAGCAGCGAGUGCGGCGGCCGCGGGCCUGCAGGAGGCAGAGGAGCAGGACGAGGCGCUGCCGUCGGACGCCAAUGAGGUGCGCGAGGGCAGGCCGUCCGCCUUCGGCUCGAAUUCCAGGGGGGAGUGCGAUGGCGAGGGCGCCCCGCGAGGUGCGGCACUCGAUGAGCCCAUGGCCCCGAGGGCGGCGCUUGCCGAAGAGGGCGCCGACGCCACCGAGCUGGAGAUGCUGCAGGACGAGAUGGCGGGGUGCAGUGCGGGUGCCGCGCCCAGUGGCGCAGCGGGGGCACCUGGCCCGCUGCCCGCGGCGGCCGCCCUGGUCGCGGUGGCCGCGCUAGCUGCAGCGGCGCGCUCUGGAGCUGAGGGCGAGGAGCCCGCCCAGCCCGAGAGCCAGGGGCCGCGCUGCCGCGGCGCAGCGGCGUGCUGCUGGGGCCCAGCGGUGCGACGAGGACCUCGAGGGCAGCUGGGCCGCGACCUGCAGGUCGCUGGGCCGCGCAGCUCCUGCCGCUGCUGCGCGGCCUUCGCCGAGCUGGACGGUCCCGGCAGGGCCAAGAGCCUGAAGGAUGCGCGCCGUGGGCCCCUGCCGCCGCCAUCGGUUUGCACGGCAGGGCAGCGCAAGAAGCGGCAGUGCCUGGCCAAGCUGCUGCGCGACCUUGGCAGGGGCGGGGGGCCCCGUGGCCUGAGGCGUCGGCUGCGGCCGUCGCCCGCUGCGGUGCUGGCGUGGGGCGCCGGCCCAAGGCGCGGCCUGAGCGCGCGGGCGCGAGAGGAUCUGGUCAAGGCGGGGGCUGCGUCCAUCACGCCCCCCCGGCGCAUUUCCCUCGACGACAAGGAGCCCGAGCGGAUUGGCUGCCGGGACAGCCGCGCGCGCGCCGUGGGGGCGGAUGGGCUGCCCGCGGCGCCGUGGGGAAAGGGCACCUCCGCCGCGGAGAAGCUGGAGUGGCUCCAAGACCAGACAGGCCUGGUCGUGGACAAGAGGAUGUUCCAGGGGCGGCUGCUCAACCGAGGCUUCACGGUGUCCACCGGCCUCGGGGCGAGCGACCGCGCACAUGAUGCGGCCACUGCCAGGUCAAACAGGAGAGCGUCGACGCACGUGGGCCACGCCAGGCGCGGCGACUUUGCCCUGCCGGCGGAAGCGCUGGCCGUGCUCGUGGGCAAGAACAAGGACAUGCAGGCGCGGAAGCGCCGCGGCUCCGUGAGCAUAGGUGAGGCCGCCUCCGACGAGGAGGUCGCGCACGCCCUGCGGGACAGCGCCACCUGCCAUGUUCAUGGCUCCAUGACCGAAGGCCAGUCCCACAUGGACGAGAGGAAGUGGUCCUUCCUGCACGAGCCGAAGAAGCUUCCGGGCUCGCUCCCGCCGGUCAUCGCUUGCCAGCGGGGCUGCAAAGGCCUCCGAGACACGGGGCCUAACCAGGACAACUUCUCGGUGACCUACUUCAAGAACGGCUACACUCUGGCUGCAGUGUUCGAUGGGCAUGGCCCCUUCGGCCAUAUAGUCUCCCACCGAUGCUGCCAGACCGUGCCCUUCUACUUGUCCCAGUGCCCGCUCUUCCCACGCGACAUCCCAGCUGCAUUGGUCGAGGCAUUCGAGGCAGCUCAGGCCGACCUCGUUGGGCAUUCGCUGCAGAACGGGUGGGACGUCCAGGCUAGUGGCUCGACCGCGGUCGCCUGCCUCUGGAAAGGAAACAAGCUGUGGACGGCCAACGUGGGCGACUCGAGGUGUAUAAUAGGUUCGGAGGUUGACCGAAAGCUUUUGUUCGAGACAGUUGAUCACAAGCCCGACGCGGUGAACGAGAGGGCGCGCAUCGAAAGCAGUGGAGGCGAGGUGCGAACGAAGACUUACCCAGACGGCUGGGUCAACCACAGAAUCUUUGUGAAAGGCGCCACCUACCCUGGUCUCUGCAUGGCGCGCACCUUCGGAGACGAGUCUGUCAAGGCUCAUGGCGUCAUCGCCACGCCUGAGGUAGAGGAGGUGACACUGGACCUGAACAAGAAACCUUUUGUAAUCUUGGCUAGUGAUGGAGUUUGGGAGUUCAUGGAGUCCGAUUUCGUGAUGCGGGCCAUGUCCAAAAAGAUCGCGACGGAAGGGCCGAACACGAGCAUCCAGAAGCUGCAACGCGAGGCCCAGAAACGGUGGAGGGAUGAGGAGGAGGACUACUGCGAUGACAUCACCUCGAUGCUGAUCCAACUGCGGUAG